AUUUGUUAUUUGCUUUCGUUGGUUUUCGUUAGGAAGACACAAGGAGAACUGUUUGUUCGUCAUUGUGCCGUCGUCGUGGUCAGUCGUCGCACUAGGAAGAAAGCUACAGCAAAAAGAAGAACAAGAGAAAGUAGACAAUGUCGUAGGCGUGAUUCGUAUAACGUCUUCGCUGCACAAGCGCCAUGUUGAAUCGAAGCGCAUGAAAGUAGUGACAGACUUCUUUUUCAACAUGAAAAAUGAGACGUAGGCUGAUGCGCACUAGAUUUCUCUGGAGGAGUUCUUCUUCUACACGUUGACAAUGGCAUACUCUAGUUACUUAUAACGAAGGCAUUUUGUAAGGUGUACUAGCCUCUGUAACUACUUGUAGUAUGCUCUUCAUCUCGCUGCACUACCCCACGACGCGGCAGCUGGUACAAAGAUGACGUCUCCGAUAUUCGAGUCACCGCCUGGUUCAGCGGAGGACAAGUCCCCUCCUGCGCGGUUUGUGAUAAGUACCAACAUGUCUUGUAGUUUUUUGAAUCAUAAUUAUACUUUAGUGAGUAGAUCAUGAGUUUUUUGCAUGAAAUAUCAGCCUCAUGAUCAUCUUGACACAAAAAUCCAUGUAUUCCUCGCAGCUGCCUUAUUGAUUUUCCUUUUUGAACAACACUCCCACAGAUACGCCUGAACGAAGUCCUGUAUUGCAGAAUGGCGGAAAUAAUUCAAGAGUCGGAAAAUCGGAGUUUCAAACUGCGCGUGGGACCCACGGUACCCGAGGAAAACCACCGACUUCUAACGGUACUUUUAACUCGUAACCUCCUUCAUCUUUGGAAUUUGUGACCCUGUAGUAAUGAGUACUAAAAACUGGAAGUUGCUGGUUCUAAGGAAAUCUAAGGAGGAAAAGGAAACUGAAAUCGACUUCUUCCGAAAACAGAAGCUUCGAACAACCGACCUCGUGGCAUCGCUACUGCCCGUUCCAGCCUGUCCACAGGGAAUAGUCGGGUUUGCCGCAGAGUGUCAAUCCGGAGCUCAGAUGUGUCAUCGCCGCAUGAAAACAAGCGAGGCACGCCACACCCUGUGCGUUUAGGUGGCGGGAAGCAUGCGGGAGCAUCGCCACAUCCACGAAAACUAGGAGGACACCAGCGUAGUCCUGUGUCCGCCAGAAGUGAGUCUGCAAGUCAAAGUCAAAGCGUCGAGAGCAAACGUCUUCAUCAAAGCGGAUUAGGGACGCUGCUAUUGAGGCAGGGAGGUGACAGCCUAGGAGCUCUAGGAGUAGGUGACGUGUCUAUGGGUGUGGAGACGACGGAUCAUAUCUUUGUCGGUGCUGAUCUGAGCAUGCUGAACCAGUCAGUAAUGAAUCAUUCGGUGACGCAGGAGCGGCCUCCUCCUGUUGCGACGAAUGCUGGUGCACAGAAUCAAGAAGAUCAGCAGUUUUCUUCCAAUGCGAGUAUGGGAAAUCAACAACAAAGUCCACAACUCUUGCAACGACCCAAAGUCGAUCUAGAAGACCAUCAUGAUCAGGACCACCAGAAAGACUUACCGCCCGCACCACGUGGAGGACGCGUGGGUGCCAUGAUUCAAAGAAUCAAUAGUCAGGAGAAGCUAAGACGAGAAAACUCCCUAGAACGAAGCGCAUCACUCGAUCGUGGUGUAGUUAAUAGCAAAUCUACAUCUAGUACUAGUAAGUCGUCCUCUCCGGCGGGUCCAGGUGCACCUGCAGCGAGUGCUGACAGGGUUGUUUCUUCUGCGCGUGGCUCACCGGAACUUCGAUUGCCAACAGAAUCGCCUGUUGAGAUUCGAGGAGUAGGUCCGAAUCAUGGAUCGCCGCUAGACAGUGAGCAGCAGGAACAGCAAGAAGCUUCUGGGCGAAAGGAGAGCAUUGAGGAAUUAGAGCUAAAAGAAAUGCUUGCUCGCGAAAAGAAGCAAACUAUUCCAUUGGCCGAACGGGUUCGCGCUGCGUGGACAAGGAGUCAACAAAAUCGAGGUGGUGGUGCCCAUGAUGUCCUUAGAGAAGAUGCUGUGGCUGAAGGUGGAGGUGGAGAACAAAGGUUCAAUCCAAAUGAAGAUGUUGAUGUCGAUGCGAUCCAACAAGAUGCUCAAAAACUACUAGCACAUCAUAAGAAAGAAGCAAAUGAUGGCACAAAUGGUGCUUUUUCUCCGGAAGUGGAUUCCUUUCGAAUGGAGGUGGAGGAAGCGGGCUCGCCAGAGCUACCGCCAGAAACGUAUUCCAGUCCUCUGGAGACCGAGGCUCCGCCUCUGAUUGAUGGUCCUGCUACUCGAUUCUACGAUGUACGUAGUGCGGGACCUAAAGAUUUUCUUGUUUCAAAGAAAAUGAACAACAGUGGUGGAAGUAAGACGUUGAUGGGACUGGGAGUGGGAGAUGACAAAGAUCAUGAGAAUUUAUCUAGUACUGGAGGCACGACUUCUUUGCUGAGUGGUGCCAUGCGCGGAUCGGGUUUGGGACGUGGUGCUACUUCAUCCGCCGCAUCUAAAACUCACACUGCUGCACCAUCUUCGUCAACACAACUUCCAAAGCCGGGUCGUCAGUACAAGCGGCGUGAUACAACGAGCACCACUAAUAGUGCUAGAAUAUUAGGUGGACAAGAGUCUUCGACUUCAGCAUCGAGUAGUUUUAUGAGUGGCGGUAACAAAUGUAACUACAAGACUGCCUCUUCAUCCACUACAACUUUCAAAAAGUAUACACCUCGUGGCACAACCGCAUCCGCAAGUACUUCCUCGACAGCAACUUCUAGCUUGCCACGUUCAACAACACCACAUCAGCUUCAGAAUGUUGAGCAUCCUCCUAAAAUGCGACGCACCACCAGACCCGUAAGUCCUGGUAAAGCGGAAGAUAGACGCUCAAGUGCUCCAGCGGGAUCGGGGAUAGGCGGUCAAUUGCAAGGUGCAAAACGAAUCGUCCAAGAUCUCAUCAACAGAGUGCAAGGUGGAGGCAAGACAAGUACAAAUGGGGAGGAAGACGAGACAGCUAAGGCGGGAACUGCGCACAAUUCCACUUCUACAUCUUCUCCAAAUACUCUUGCGAAGCACCGUUUUUUGAAUAGUAGUGGAUCCUCAGCGGCGCAACUGAAAUUAAAUGCUUCGGUGAUUUCGGGAACUGGUGUUGGUGCUGGUGGGUCUUCAUCCUCAACAUCACGCCAAGGCCAAAAGAGGGAGAAUUCUGCCGGAAGCGGUCCUACAUCGCACCGAAGCGGCCGUGGAUCACGCGCACCGUCUUCAGGGGAGAAUUCGACACGUUUUCGUGCGCGGCCGCCGCCAGCUUCUACUUAUCAUUUCGUCGCACCACCAAGACCCACGUCUCAAACAAGGGAUCAUGAGCCUUUGAAACCAGACAAGGCGCCAUCUUUAGCGACCGAUGUGCGUGGUGAAGCGCAAGCGCACCGUGUGGAGGAACUCAAAAAGGCACAACAACAGAAGGAACAGGCAGAAAUUGCUUUAGCGCAUUCUUUUCGAGCACGCGAGAUCCAAGAUUACACGGAUUUAGGCGUUGCGAGGCACGUGGAAAGAAGAGGAUGCACCGAACCAAGGCCGUUUCGGUUGUCAUCUAGUCGAAACAGCACACCGAGAAGGCAGUCGCCAGGUGAACAAGAGUUAUGGAGGCGUUUGUGAUGAGCAUUGUUGUUUUUGCGUUGUUAUGUUUUUGCACUUAAAGCAUAUCUACGUACAGUGAAGCUUAAUACAUUCAUCUUGAUCUUUUUUUCAUCCUCUAAAACCCGAAGGCAAGAAUUUCCGCGCCAGGCCUAUUCCGGAAACGACCUUUCAACCGGCUGAGCUUCCACCGCGCGCAACGUUCGAAAGUACGAAACCCGUUCCACCAAGGUUGUCCUCCGGCAAUCGCCAGCGUCCACCCUCACCCUCAAAAAACUACCGCACCGAGUCUCCUCCGCAGUUUCUAGCACGCGCGAUGCCUGACUUCGACAAGGUGAAAUUCCAACCUAAAAAAAGCGACCAUGAGCUGACUGAGUGCUUCGAUCCUAACCUAUCGACUGAGUUUCGAGGCAUGAAGCACCGUGAAGUGUUUGAGGAACGAAGGCGGUCCUUGAUGGAGGAGCGAGAGCGGAAGGAACAGUUUGUGCCUUUUGUAGCUCGUCCAAUUGCGGAUUACAGUGAUCAAGGCAUCCGUGCAGUGGAAAAACGACCAGCCACUACCUGUGAGCCGUUUCACUUGUCGGAACCUGUAGGUCGUGCUAGAGAGGGGUCAGCGUCUGGCGAAGGCGGGGAAGGAUCCGCGGUGUUCAGGGCACAGCCGCCACCACAGACAACGUAUGUGACUCUGAUUCAUCUUGAUGAAGAAUUCGCAUUUUUCGUAGAAUGAAUGUCGUGGUUGCUACUUCCGCCGAAAGUGCAUAGAAAAAAAAUUACAAACUCAUCAUCAUGAUCACUGGAGACCACGAAGUAUCUGUGUCCUAUCAAGAUUAACUUCGUUAUCUUUCAGGUACGAACCAGAACAGCUGCCCGAGAGAAAACCUCCGACAAUAACAGAGGCCGCUCCUUUCAAGUUGUCAUCCAAUGAGGAAACUCACACUCUGAAACGUUUUCUACGGAAAAAAGAGGAAGACAAACGGGCAGAGCAGGAAAAAGUAGAGCCUUAUAAAGCGAGGCCUGCUCCAGACUUCUCUAAAGUUCCUAAAGCCUCUCCCAAACCGGCAGAGAGGCCUUCGAUCGUGGAAAAGAUAGAGGAAUUCCGCUUGAGCACAUCGAAUUUCUCGAAGAGGCCGAAGCCAGAGGAGUUUAGCAGUACUGAUGCAUGCCCCUCAAAUUUGGAUCUUGUUCAGUCAAAGCAAGUACAGUUCCUGCUGGUUUUCGAUAUCGAUCAUCCAUUCAUCUGCUUUUCUUUCCUCUCACAGCUUGUCCGAAGGCCACGCCAGUCAAAUACGAAGAAUACGCCGAAAAAUUCAAGGCCAAACCUGUGGAGCGGCGUGAGGUGACCGAGCCUUGUCCCUUUCGGGGACUCGAAGAACGACAACGCGAACGCAGUCUGACUCCGAGACGCCGCGCCUACAAAGAGGAGCCUGUUCCUCAGUUCAAGGCUCGACCUGUUCCUCAAGGUAUUUUCAAACCACCGAGACCGCCGAGUUCUGGAAGAGGGGACGGCAGUGGAGGGAUAAAUGAAGCAGGAGACAAUGUUAAGGCGAUGAAUAAUUCAUCUUUGAGAGCAUCCUUGAGGAGUUGUAUGUGUCGUGAGUAUUUCCCUUCGACAUGCUUCAGGGAUGCAGUUGAGAGAUGAAUUGUGGAGAGGUCCUCUAACAAUGCUGGAGGCAACCAAGUCCCCAACCGUCGCGCCACUCUUCCUAUGGACAUUCGCUUGCACAGUGACAAGCAAGCGCUAAAGCGUGAAGCGUUUGAACGCGAAAAAGCCCAACGUAUGAAGGAAGAAGCAGAGAGGAAGCAGCAACUAGAAGCCCAGAAGCAGAAGGAAGAACAAGAGCGACUAGCCGCAGAGCGUAAGAGAUUGGAAUUUAAGGCGAAACCAGUUCCAGAAUAUCGAUCUGGGUUACCACAAGUAACGAAACCAGCUCUGACUGAGCCAAAGGAGUCACGCUUGACACAGCCUUUGCCUCAUCGAGCAGGAGCAUCGAAUCUUCAUAACAAGAAUGGAGGAACAACGACGAAUCCUUACAUUGCUGGUUUUAACAAGAGUUCAUCAUCUAGUGGUGCUGCUAGCGGGGCAAUCGGGACCACAAAUGUUGUUCAACACAACAACAAUAGCCAAAGCAAGCAUCUGAAUACGAGCACUGGCACAGCAGGAAGUGGAGGCGUCGUGACUUCAUUUUUAGGUGGUGAUAUUCGCACUGGAGAAGGCUUGCCGCACUAUAUGGCGCCAAGGAAGUCGUUUUUAGAUCGCCAGCAUUCAGAUGCCACACCUAAGGGAUCCUCUCGUCAAGAACAUGGACCACAGACUUCAAAUUCCACCAAUGCUAAUGGAGCAAAUAGUCUUAGUCUUGGAACAAGCGGACCACAAAGACGAACCACGAUGUUCAGCGAGAGGCAAACUAGUGUCGGGCAGUCCUCUGGAGCAAAAUGGAGUGCACGCAGAACAGAAACUUCGACUGGUGGGAUCCUGACUGGUAAAACAGGAUCUUCGAAAAGUACCUCUUCUAGAGAUCGCAACCCUCUUCUAGCAAGUAGCAGUUCUGCAUCGUCGAUCCAACAUAGUGGUGCUGUUGGAGGAUCUUCAAAUCUAAAUGCUGGAGGACCCUUGAGCAGCAAUGCUGUGGGUGUUGCUGGAGGCGGGGCUGCUCCUGCUACUUCUUCAUCUACUGAACAAGCAGGUUUCCCUCAACAAGAAGAUUCCGGCUUUACGACUACCAACAACGGAGGGGGUGGUGGUGGAUUCCGACGCAGCCUGAUAGGCAGUGCCGGACGCGCGGUGAGUGGCAAAAACAACAAGAAGAGAGAAGUUCAAGUUGUAGAUGGAACGGCGUUUGAGACUCCUAGAGGAGGUGUCAACUCGAAUGAAGCAGAAGGUAAAUUAGCGACAGUUUUCACACCACCUGAUAGAAGUGGUGGUGGAGUGUUAUUUGGUGGUGGUGGAUCUGAUCAUGAUCAAGACAAAGAAAAUAAAAACAUCUUCUUGAGCAACCUAGAAGAGGUUCAAAAGCAAUAUCAAGGGUCAUCUUCAUCAAGACUACCCUCAGCAGGGUUAGAUCAAGAGAACAACUACAUCAGAAAAAGGUAUCAUGAUCAGUUUGAGCAACGAGCCGGACUCGGAGGUGGAGCAAAUAGAAACUUCAACACAGAACAACAUGGCGAAGCCGACCAUUCAAUGUCGGAGAAUCAGCAGACUUUGAUCCAACGACCUGCAGAGGAUCCUACCUACAAUCUAGUGAGUAGCAACCGCCCGCCACCAGGAGGUCUGGGUGACACAGAACAGUUUUCUAUGGAGCUGUCAGGAUAAAAAGUGAUCUUCAUCACAAGAAAGAAGAACACGACCGAUAGACUUACUACAAGACAGAAAGUAGAAGUCGCGCAGAGGAAUCGAUGCAGACCUGACGCGUCCUGUAUUACAUGAAAAUAGCCAUGGGGAGUCAACAAAAGAACGAGAAGUAGUACUUAUGAAGACUGAGCUGCUGAAAUUAUUCGACUCAAGUCAACCCUAGAAUUUUUUAUCACCAGAUUCGUUCGCAAAUCGUAAUAUGUAACCAGCGCAUGACCGAACAAGCACUGUGUUAUGAUUCCUUGCUUACUCAAAAAGCCAUAGAAGUGACUGACAAACACCGUAUAGAAUCACCCAUGUGCAUGAAUUCAGUAUUAUUCCUCUAUGACUAUGGAGAUCCGAGAUUGAAUCCUCACAUGUUUGUUGCCCGGUUUUGCCCUGUAAGGAAUACGUAUACGGAGAUCACAGAACAGCAAGUCUCGUAGCAGUUACCGCAAUCAAUCUUCACGAGUACUAAUAUAUACCAACACAAAUAAAAAAUCAAAAUCUACUCCGUAAAAAAAACAAAGAACAAAUCCAUCAAAUCCUAUCACGGAGAGGUUAUCCACCAGACUCGUACUAAAUAAAACUGUACGGUUCUGCAGAAAAAAUUAUCAAUGGGGGGAAAGCUAAGAAACAAGAAUUGGAUGAGUGCUGGAGGGAGUAAUGUUUCGCUGAUUAACAACAGCGUCCACGUCAACACAACAUGACGUCUGCUGAAUUGAAUUCAUGCAAGGAACAAGGCAACCUAAGUUCUUCAUCCUAUCAUACAAUGUUCGUUGAUGUCCAUUCUCAGAAUUCAAAGUCGCAACUCGUACAACUGCCUCCGACAAUACCAAU